AGCCUGACCCGUCCCCCCUGCAUUCUGCGCUCCGGGCUCUCUCCGCCCUCAACGUGAGCAGAGCGUUGAGUGGGCGGAGCCCUCAUUGAGCCCUGGUUGGAGAGAAGGAGAACCUUUAAUGUUGCCCGGCAUUUGAAAGACUGACUCCUUCCUAAAACGAUGGUUAACCAAGCUGAGACCACCAGCGUUCAUCAGGAGCUGAUCCAAGGUGCCUCUCCCUGCGAGCUCUGCGGCUCCACAACGCUGUCAGACUUCACCACUUCCUCUGGCAGCGAUCCAGAUGUCUGUGGCCGCUCUGAGGAUGAAGGUUUUGCCCUGAAGCCCAGCAGCAUGUCAGAGCCAGGAGACAAAAGUUCCCCCCGCUGGACCGAUGAGGCCAUUCAGAACGGGUACGUCCCGAGUUACCUCGACAAAGACGAGCUGUGCGUGGUGUGCGGGGACAAAGCCACCGGCUACCACUACCGCUGCAUCACCUGUGAGGGCUGCAAGGGGUUCUUCCGGCGAACCAUCCAGAAGAACCUGAGCCCCUCGUACGCCUGUAAGUUUGAGGCCAAGUGUGUCAUCGACAAGGUCACACGCAACGUGUGCCAGGAAUGUCGCUUCAAGAAGUGCAUCGUGGUCGGCAUGGCAACAGAUCUGGUGCUGGACGACAGCAAGCGUCUGGCCAAGAGGAAGCUGAUCGAGGAGAACCGCCAGCGGCGGCGUAAGGAGGGGGUCCUGAAGCCGACGGGGGAGCGGCCGGAGCCCACCCAGGAGGAGUGGGAGCUGAUCCGCAUGGUGAUGGAGGCCCACGUGGCCACCAACGCCCAGGGGAACCACUGGAAGCAGAAGCGCAAGUUCCUGAGUGGAGUGGGGGUGAAGGAAGAUAAGCCUGAAGACAUCGGUCCAGUGCCCAUGGUCAGCGCCCCCGAGGGAAGCAAGGUGGACAUAGAGGCCUUCAGUCAGUUUACAAAGAUCAUCACCCCGGCCAUCACCCGCGUGGUGGACUUUGCCAAAAAACUGCCCAUGUUCUGUGAGCUGCCCUGCGAGGACCAGAUCAUCCUGCUGAAGGGCUGCUGCAUGGAGAUCAUGUCGCUGCGCGCCGCCGUGCGCUACGACCCCGAGAGCGAGACGCUGACGCUGAACGGGGAGAUGGCGGUGACGCGGGGCCAGCUGAAGAACGGCGGGCUGGGCGUGGUGUCGGACGCCAUCUUCGACCUGGGCGUGUCGCUGUCCUCCUUCAACCUGGACGACUCGGAGGUGGCCCUGCUGCAGGCCGUGGUGCUGCUGUCCUCCGACCGGCCGGGGCUGAGCAGCGUGGAGCGCAUCGAGCGCUGCCAGGAGGUCUUCCUGCUGGCCUUUGAACAUUACAUCAACUACCGCAAGCACAAGCUGGCCCACUUCUGGCCCAAGCUGCUGAUGAAGGUGACGGACCUGCGCAUGAUCGGGGCGUGCCACGCCAGCCGCUUCCUGCACAUGAAGGUGGAGUGCCCCAACGAGCUCUUCCCCCCGCUCUUCCUGGAGGUGUUCGAGGACUGAGCCUUCAGACCGCCACCGCCCAGACCGCCACCACCGUAGACGUCUCCUGGGUCCACCGCCCAGACCGCCACCGCCGUAGACGUCUCCUGGGUCCACCGCCCGGACCACAGCCCUGAACACUGCCGGAACACCGCUCACACCGUGAACCGGCUCCUGCUCUUCCUCCUCCUCCUGCUGCUGCUGCUGCUGUGUGUGUCUGUUGUCAGGACUGUGUGUGUGUGUGUGUGUGUGUGUUAGAGAAUGAGCGGUAGAUCUGCUUUCAGAGCUGAACUCCGGAGCUUGUCCAGAGCCUUCCAGCCGUGUAGCACACAGCAGGAGGUCGUCCAGUCAGCGGCGUUCUCCCACUGGGAGUGCUGCGUGGGGUUCAGGCGAGGGGCGGGCCUGGGUGGGCGUGCAGGAGGCAGGACCUGACACAAAAAGUACACCACGCAAACCGCAGGGAUUGGUCCACAGCACAUCCAAGAUGGCGGACCGGAUCGCCGACUAAUUGGUGAUGAUGACGUCGAUGUUUUUGUUUCGAUACUCAGACUACAUGUAUUAUGACUUGGUUUGGCGCCGGUAGUGUGGUAGCAAGGUCAUCGACGCUUGCUGUGAAUUCUUCUUCUUCUUUGGAUUUAGCGCCACCUACUGUACCGGAGAGGUGAGACCGGGUCUCGUCCUGGGAAUCCUCACAGUGCUCCGGUCACAUGUGGGCUCGAUGGGACGUUACAAGGACAUUGGAACACGAGGCAGGCAGGGAAAGUCAGUUUAACGGCCAGUCAAACGGUGUGAAAAGGGCUCCGUGAGUGGGAGUGGUGGAGUGUGUUUGUGUGUGUGUGUGUGUGUGUGUGUGUGUGUGUGUGUGUGUGUGUGUGUGUGUGUGUGUGUGUGUGUGUGUGUGUGUGUGUGUGUGUGUGUGUGUGUGUGUGUGUGUGUGUGUGUGUGUGUGCGACUGUGUGCGACUGUGUGUGACUGCGGUGCACGGGCGCAGUCGGCAGGGGAUGAAGGCGGCGGGGGUCCGGAGGCCCGGGGAGGCGGGGGACGUUCCUAGCACUACUGACCGUCGUUUCAUUCCGUAGCGUAGGAGUAGCCCUCAGCCGAGUACUGGACGGAACCAUUCCUUUACGAUGCGGGUACUGAAUAUAUAAUAUCAUUUUUUUUUAUUUGUAUUUCUGUUGUCGGUGUUCACCUUAAUGGCUGGUAUGGCUUCUUCUUUUUUUUUUUUUUUUUUUACAAUAUCUUUGCGUCUGUUUUUGUGGAUGACUUAUGAUUUGGACUAUCGGCAGAUAAACUGGCUGCUGGAUGAGAGAUGCAGUCUCUCUCUCCCUCAACAGACUUUGCCUUCUCAGUGAAGUGGAUCAGUUCUCGGGUAGUGGUUAGCCAUGCAGUCUCUGUAUGAGGGUGGGGGCAUUCUGGACCCCGAGUCGCACAGCCCUGCGGAGCCACCCGCUCCUCUUUGAGAGUUCUCCGACCAAAGCCCACAAGACUUACAGACAUCAGGAAAUCACAACCUGGAGUAGCCAUGCCACGCAUCACUGUGCCAAAAUACACAACCAAGUGAGUCGGAGGGGUCAAGGAGUGUGUUGGAGGGUUCAGCGACGGCUGCAUGCCGGCUGGCUCCACUGACCUCAGCUCCCAUGCACGGCUCAAACAACUCAUCUUUUAACAAAACAACUCCACAGUAAACGUUGUCUUUUUCAGCUGGACAAGUUACCUCUUAAUACCAUGCAUACAAAAAUUAAUAGAAAUGAAUGAGACUGAUAAAAAGAUGCUAUGCAAAAGGUUCAGUGUGUGUGUGUGUGUGUGUAUAUAUAUCUCUAUAUAUAUAUAUAUAUAUAUAUAUAUAUAUAUAUAUAUAUAUAUAUAUAUAUAUAGAGAUAUUUAUAUAUAUAUAUACCCACUGAACAUUGGGAUUAGUUCCACCCUCCCACAGUAGGGCGCUUGUUUAUGAACGGUAACACUAUGAGGUUUUGUCUGUGGACGUGAGGAAACCAUUUUGAAUCAUUGAGUUCCUAGGGCCCUGUGUCCCCCUUAGGACCCUGACGUAAUGCCAAGAAACAGGGGUGCAAGGUGUGCCUGGCUGCUGGUGAAGGGCUCCUCCUCACCGAGGGGGCCGGCAGGUGGGCUUCAGAGAGAACCGGCCCCUCUCCCGGCAGGCACAGGCAGAGCCGGCGCUGGCCGUUUCGGCGCCCUAGGCGACUCGACAUCCACUUGCGCCCUGGACAGGUCUUCCGAGCGGGCGGGGGGCCCUGGGUAUAGGCUCCGCAAGCAUGGAAUUGUUGGACAAAAAAAAAAGGCCGGAUAAUUUAGUCAUUAUAAUUUGUAUGUUUUGCUUUUGCAAUAGCCUCUCUGACAUGGUUGUUUGCCAUGGGGGGAGGGGGAUUCUAACGCUUUGUAAAUGACGCUGGCCCUCGCCACACUCUACUCCUCAAAAGCAAACCUUUUGCGUUCUAUCUUUGUCCUCUAAGUCGAUUACUCUUCACCUAGCAAUAGACUCAGUUACAGUGUUUUUAGAUACCUCUCACGCAUCCACAAAACACCUCACCAAACUAAAAUACGCAAAGAGUCAGAAAUGCACAGACAAUCAUUGGAGAGACAGACCGAGAGAGAGAGAGAGACGGAGAGAGAAGUGCAGGCAGGGCACACUGGAGCCAACCGGCCCAGAGUGGGGCUGUUGAGGCUGGGGGAGCGCAGCCAGAGCUGAUCCAAUAGGGGAUCACGUCGAGUUGAACCUUCGUUGCUCUGGACAUAGUGGACUCUAGGAAAACCCAGCUCGGCCAUCUCUCCUUUCACGUUUACUCCGUUACAAAACAAUAACAAAAGGUUACACAGUGGGACAAGAAACUAAAAUAAAUGAAUAAAGAAGAAAAUAAAAUGCUAUUUUACAAGUACAAAGGAAAAGGAUGUAUAUUUUCGGACAGCAUUGUUUUGUACAGGUGUCGUUGGAGCAUAACAUGGACAUUGUUUUGUGUUUUGCAUAGCAUCCGAGUUGCUGUGCAAAGCAUAAUGUAAACAAGGAUAAGACUUUGUGCGACAUUCACUUCUACAAUACACAACUACCUGAGAGACCGCACUUGGACUUCAGUCUGACAGUCAGAUAAGUGUUAAAGGAAGAUAAUGAAACAAGAACGUAAAGCCAACCGUCAUCUCAUUGCCAGCAUCAGGAAACCAAGAAAAGGAAACAAGCUAACAAUCUAAGGUCAAAUGAGCGUCAAACACACAAUAUCAAAAAAACGAAGACAUUUGGAACGUUUGUUGUGGAUGAGCUGAUUGUUCAUGGAGAGAAAGGGAGUAUUAUAAAGGUGUGUGUGUGGGGAAGCCCGGGGGGUACGGAGCAGUUGCACUUAAAGACCAUUUGAUGCUCACGGUUAAUGAUGUUUUCACUUCCUGUGAAUUGGCCCUUGAGAGAAUAAAGAUUGUUUUAAGGA